UCCGGCAUCUUUACGAUCCGUGCGUGAACACACUUUUUAGAGUGUUCAAUAAUUUUGAUUCUGCCGUAUUUAAAAACCUUCCAACAUGCCGCCAAAAUUCGAUCCUAACGAGGUUAAGCAUGUGUACCUCCGAUGCGUCGGUGGUGAAGUCGGUGCUACUUCUUCCCUUGCCCCCAAGAUUGGUCCGCUAGGUCUGUCUCCGAAGAAAAUUGGUGACGAUAUCGCCAAGGCGACCGGCGAUUGGAAGGGUUUGAAGAUUACCGUGUGCCUGACGAUCCAAAACCGACAGGCUGCCAUUUCGGUUGUUCCUUCGGCCGCUUCGUUGAUUGUGAAAGCACUCAAGGAACCGCCACGAGAUCGCAAGAAGGUGAAAAACAUUAAACACAAUGGUAACAUCACCUUUGAUGAAGUGAUCAGUAUCGCCCGUGUUAUGCGACCCCGAUCAAUGGCCCGUGAGCUGGCUGGAACCUGCAAGGAAGUGCUGGGAACGGCGCAAAGCGUGGGCUGUACUAUUGAUGGACGUGCCCCUCACGAUGUUAUCGAAGAUAUUUCGAGCGGAGCCCUGGAAGUUCCCUCUGAGUAAAGGCUUUUCCGGCAUUGCAAGGAGAGAUGCGUUGGCACCAACAAUUCAGUCAACGUGUUAAAUAAACAAAAGUAAA